AUGGAUACAGGCAGUAAUCGUCGCGACACUCGUGCGAAGCCGGUCGAACUCAAAACGACCAGGAUGAGUCUUCUAGUGGCUGGGAAGAUUGCUGGUUCGGGUAUGGUGGAGGUUGAUCGUAGUGCCUUCAACCCCUGCCUGCAUACGAAGCCCGCCGACGCACUAAGCAGGAGGCAGUCGCUAGCAACUCCUGCCCGAAAAUGGGGACACAGACAGAUCCCCAAUAUUGCAGCGAAGUACUAA